ACAAUUAACUCCUGGAGCUGCUGGCUGGGCCAGUGUUCAUUGACAUGCUAAAACUUUCUAAGACGGGAUUUUAAUUAGUGACGUUCUAAAUCCAGCCCCCAUCGUCAGCGGAGCCAUAAGGUGAACUGCAGGAAGGUCCAGCCCGGUACACGGGGGGCAGAGCCAGCCAGGGAGGAGUGGAGAGGCCAGAGCUAUAGCUCUGUACAGCCCACACGAGGAUGUCUCCCAGCCUUCAGGAAGGUGCUCGGCUUGGGAAAAGCAAACCCUCGCCCUGCUCCUUUUCAAUUGAGAGCAUCUUAGGACUGGACCAGAAGAAAGACUGUGUUCCAUCAAUGAAACCCCACAGGCCCUGGGCAGACACCUGCAGCUCUUCAGGGAAAGAGGUUAACCUAUGUCUACAUGUCCCGAGUCCUCCUAAUGGGAUCUCAUUACCUUGUACUGUGGAUCACUCAGUGCCGGAAGAAAAUGUUUUGAAAUAUGAAGAUUACUUUUCAGCCUCAGAAAGACUUUCUUUGAAAAGAGAGUUGAGUUGGUAUAGAGGCCGAAGACCCAGAACCGCUUUUACUCAAAACCAGAUUGAAGUGUUGGAAAAUGUCUUUAGAGUAAACUGCUAUCCUGGCAUUGAUAUCAGAGAAGACUUAGCUCGAAAAUUGAACCUAGAGGAAGACAGAAUCCAGAUCUGGUUCCAAAACCGGCGUGCAAAGCUGAAAAGAUCCCAUAGAGAAUCACAGUUUCUCAUGGCCAAAAAAAAUUUCAACACAGAUCUCCUGGAAUAGAUAGAAAACUAAACAUGGGGAAUUAUCUUCCAAUUGCGGAAUAUAAAGAAUCAAUGGGAAUAUCAAGUGUUAAAGAUGUGAUGUUUUCUUUUCUGUGUUUAAUCUGAGUAUUGUCUUUUUUUUCUGAAAAUAUAUUGUAAAUAAUUACUAUUAUAACAUGGUACCUAUUAUACUUGGGCACUUUUAGUUACAAUAAAGGCCUUUCCUAUAUAUUUUAAUAAACAUUUCCAGAAAAAGCCA